AGGACUCCUCCAGGACCUCCACUGAGCAGGAAGGGUCACCCACGGGCCCGGCCUCCAACGACCAGAUCCAGGCAAUGGCCGAGCCGACAGACACUUCAUCCACGGGGACUGCGGCCUCCUGCCACUUGGCCAUGUCUUUUCCAGCCCUGAGAGGGAUGGGAAGAGAGCAACGGACAGUGCGCGGAAGCAAACCGAGGCGGGGGCCUGGACUUGGGUUGGUUUCCUCAGCUACCCUUGAUGCCGGUUUUGAAGUCGACCAGUCCGUGUUCGAGAUCUCCGAAUCCUAUCACAUCCAAGACACUGGUAGAAAUAUGCACCUGCAAGAUGAGGAUUAUGAAAUCAUGCAGUUUGCCAUUCAGCAGAGCCUGCUGGAGUCCAAUAGGAGACAAGAAGCGCCUGGACUCUCCUCCAACGGGACGAUCACCCAGCCACACCUGUAUGACGCUCAGUAUGAGAGGUAG